AAAAGCAAGUAAGUAAGUGAUAAAUAAAAAGAGAAAAGUGCUAUAGAGAAAAAGAAACGCGCGGAAAGGACGAAACAGUGUAUCAGAAGUGUUCAGAGCGAGUCGAGACUAGUGCCGAUUCCUGGAAGUCAAAGCAAGCCGCGUCGCGGGGAGUGGCGAGACGGUUCGUGCUUACAUUUGUUCGCGGCACAUAAAUAGGAGAUAUACACGAGAGAAAUAUACGCGCUGGGUAUGUUUUGUUUUCGAUAUACAUAUAAGUUUGAGACGGCGUAAGCCGAAGUUUCUCUUGUCUUAUAUAGAUAUAGUUCUAUUCUAGAGAACUAUAAAAUUCAGAAUUUCAGAGUCAAAGAGAAGUACUAUAUCGAAUUUUUUCCUCGUGCGCGAGAGUAUAUGUCGCUACACUCAAAUUUUCAUGUGAAUCUCUCUCGACGAGCGGGACGCCGUUCGCCCGAGAGCCGGGAUGUGUCGUACAUGGAACGAGUUGUGAAAAUAUGAUAGAGUCGGACGCAACAACCACUAUUAUUCAAGACGAUAAUAUAAGUUAAGAGAAAUCAAUAGUAUAUCGAACUCAAUCUAACAAAAUCAAUUUUUCAAAAUGUGAGAUCGGUACAGACGGACUAUACCAUGUAUGCGAUCGUCCCAGCCCUAUAGUAACGACAAAACCAUUGUAUGGCUAGUCGGAUUGGGAGGGAGUGCAUGUGUGUAGGCCUAAGUACAUCGAUCUUGAAUAUCAAUUUGUCGUACAAAUGGUAUUCAUGUGUGUGAUAAUUAACUAAUAAUAAAAAUGUUCGGUAGGAAAAUCCAGAGAAAAUGGCAGAAGCGCCAAGAGAAAACCCAGAAGAAAAAAACAAAGAACCAGAAUACAGAGACAGCUCAAGCGACAGCGACAGUGAUGAUGAGAGAAAAGAACGAAAAACAGAUAGAGAAGAGACCAAAGCAUUCAGAGAAGCACUAAUAGCGGUGCUACAAGAUCAAAAGGUAGCAUUCAACAGGAUGUGUGAUGGAAUGGAGAAAAUGGAGACGAAACAACAGGAGAUGAUCGAAAGCAUAAGGAGCUUGAAUGCAGGUCUGAAGACAUGCUUGGCUGAGGUGCGAAGUCUAGGAGUACAAAGAGAAGAGGUAGAAGCACAGAGUACCUCAAAUACAGAGAAACCCAGAGCACAAUUAGCACAGAGAACUGGAGGCAAAGAUUCAGAGAAGAAGUACAAGGAUGUAAAAUGCUACAGAUGCAACGAGACUGGACACUAACAGACUUCAUAUAAUCUACUAAAAGAUGAUCUCUGGUUUUGCUACGUGUACAAUAGAGUCAAAGAACACAAGGGAGACGAAUGCCCCAACAAAGUUCAGAGGUAUGAAAAUAAUAAUCCCACACGAACCAAUCAUAACACUUACACCCGUGGUAGAGGUAGUGGAAAGGGGGGUAAAAUCAGAGGCAGAGGACACUAUCAGAGAAGAGGAAAACCUUAUAAUAGGCAAAAUCAAGAGAACAAUCAAAAUGUAAACGCCAAGUUUGCAGAUAAGAAACACACACACACGACACAGUAGAGAAUGAAGUUACGUUU